AUGCCACCAUCAGCAGUUCCUUUGUCUUCAACAAUUAUUAACGAUAACAGUAGUGAUAGUAGUUAUAGAACAACUUCAACAUUAUUAGUUCCGCCAACAUCUUUACCAAAACAUUUUAAUGUACCAUUUGCUAUUCAACACGGAUAUUUUCGUUCAGUACGUUAUUUAUUAGAACUUCAUUAUGAUCCAAAUGAACGUGAUAGUCAACUUCGAACAUCAUUAAUAUUAUGUGCUUAUAUUGAAAAUGAUCGAUGGCGUCUAUCACUUGUACAAAAUCUAUUAGAAAAAGGAGCUAAAAUUGCUUUAGAUGAUCAUACUAGACGAAAUGCAAUGCAUCAUGCUUGUGCUUUACAACGUAUAGAACUUGUACAAUUAUAUUUAUCUUGUUUAGAUUAUAAUCUCGAAGCACAAGAUUGUGAAGGAAAUACUUGUUUACAUUAUAUUGCUAUUGUUGGUAAUUGUGAAAUUGCUGAAUUACUUAUGAAAGCAGCAGAAAAAUUUGGUAUUAAUCUUGAUCGAUAUGUAAAUCGAGAUGGUUGUUCAGCAGCUGUUCUUGCUCUUAAAUAUGGACAUCUUGAAUGUGCUAAUCAAAUAACUCAUCGUGAUUGUGAUGAAUUUUAUAUGGUUCCACGUCCUUUAUCUAUUUAUGAAAAUAAUUCAACAAUAGUUAAAAAUUCAAAUGGAACAAAAUUAAAAAAGAAAAAUCAAAAAUCUUCAUUAAAUAAAACUGAAAUUUAUCCACCAGUAAUGCCAUUUGGUCUAUUGAAAAUUAUAUUUAAUGAUAAUGAUAUGAAAUAUUCAACUCAUUUAGCUAAUAUUUGUAAGAAAGAUAAACAAAUUCGACAUGUUAAAUAUAAAAAACAAGAAGCACCACAAAUAUCGUCAAUGACAAAUAAUAAUAAUCAUAAUACCGAUCGAACAAAAUCAGCAAUAGUCAAUGGUAAUCAGUAUUCUAGUACACAAGUCUUAAUUAAUGAAACUCAUUUAUUAAAUCGAAUAAAAAAACAUCAAACAAAUUUUGAUAGUAAUGAAAUUUCACAUAAUACCGGUCGACUUAGUCCUCGUAUGCAAUUGCUUAUACAUCAACAACGUCUUUUAAAUUCGAAAGAUAAUAAUUCAUCAUAUAUACAAAAAGCUGCAAGUAAAACACAAUUAUCAAUCGAUGAUAUAAAUUCAAUUAAACUAAAUAAUAGUUCAAAAACUGAUAGUGAUAAUAUCAAAUAUAAACAAAAUAUACCAACAAUGCAUAGACAAAUAUCAGUGACAAGUUCGAAUCAAUCGGAUACUAAUCCUCCAAGAAUAACAAAUCAUAGAUUUCAACGACCAAAAACAACAAUACUACAUAAUGAAACAUCUAUUAAUGCUAUUCCAACAGCUGAACUUAAUUCGACAAAUUUAAGACGUAUACAGAAUCCAUCGGCACCACUGAAAAAGAGAUUCUUAUUAAAUGACCGUACGGAUACAUCGUCCGUUGUAACUAAACAAAAUCAAUCAACAGCUGGAUCACAAUCAUCUACAUAUCCUCAAACAAUAUUGACCGGUUAUACAAUAUCAACAGCUACACAACAAUCUACAACAAAAUCGAAUGAUCUAUCAUGUCCUAUUCAAGAAGCGAAAGGCCCUACAAGUCGUUAUAAUAAACCUGAACAAUUAUUUGGUCUUCGACCUGAAGAACUUUUCGGUUUGAAACAACAUCAACCAAAAAUGUUUGAUCAAAUGUCAACAACCAAAACUGAUGAUAGUAUACGUUCAAAACGUAGUCAAUUACAAAAAAAACAACAUAUAUGGCAACAAGAUGUUGAUAAACUUCUUGAAUUAUAUAAUAUUCAUCAUAGUGUUACUUAUCGUAAAUCAGCUAUACCACCACCAACAACAUUAACACAAGGUGUUGUACAAACAGAAACAAUAACUGAAAUCAUACCUAUCGCUCGAUCUCGACGAUCAUCUAUUACAAAACAUACUGUCAUAACUUCAAAACCACCAACGAAUCAUUCAAAACAAACAACAGUUACUUCAGGAAGUAAUUCUCGACGGAAUUCUACGCAUCGUCAUACAAUUAAAUUGGCGAAUACAUAG